GAAUCUAGCUGUAUAUAUCUCUAAUUGUUCUUUAUAGGGAUUGGAGCUAUGGCUAUGGCUGCAAAUUCAACUUCAUGCCCAUGUUCUAGCUUAUUUACGGAGAUGAAAUGUAGUCCAAAAAUGAGGGAAAACAGGGCAUACAAGAAUCUUCUGUGCAUUAGAAAACUGAAGUCCAUGAAUAUGAAAUCACAUUCAAAUCUGAGUAGUUCUUUAUUGGAUAAUGAAUGGUAUGCAAGACUGUUCUAUUUAUCCUCCAGGAAUCACCGGCAGAAAAUUUUUCAAAACACAAUUGUUAGCGAGCUUGGUGGGCAGUAUGAAGAGGUCUUCAACGACGUUAAAUUGGAAUUACGCAAUUGUUUCACCAAGAAAGCAGUCAGAACUGUUCUUUAUCAACUCUAUGAGAUGAAUCCUCCUCAAUAUAUCUGGCUACACAAGCAAUUUUGUUUGAUAUCAGGUGUCUUGAUUUGCAGUUUCAUUGCUGAAAAUGAUCCUGCAGACGGGAAGGUUUUUCUUCGGAAUCUUGCAAAGGAAUAUCAUGACCUUGCGGAAAGAGUGAUGAUCACACGUCUUCACCUGUACGCAAAAUGGAUCAAGCAAUGUGACCAUGCUGAAAUAUACAAGGAAAUUUCGGAUGAGAACUUGGAGUUGAUGAGGGAAAGACUCAUGGAAACUAUCGUAUGGCCUACCGACGACAAAAAUACAGAAUGAAUGAAUGGUUUGCAUGGACUCGGGUUUUUUUUACAUGUACUUCCAUUCAAGAAAAAAGUUCAUAUUGUAGGUGUUAAAUUAGAAACUUAUGAUAAUCGAUCGUCUGCAAAACUACAAUGUAAUUUGAAGUUGAAAUGGGAAAGCAUAUGAGAAGUUAAAGUAAUGAUUUUUUAAUA